ACACCAUCCAAUGGUCACAAACAUACUCAUCUUGGAUCUCAUACACCUCUCUCUCACUUAUUCUCACACACACACUCAUAGGUAAAUUAUUGGUACAUCACACUCUCACUUGACUUAACUUGAGCCCAAAACCCAUACAUCUUUUUCAAACAAAAAAAGCUCAAAACUUUGAUCAAAAUUCUCAAAACAAUUUCAAGAAAAAUACAAAUUAUGGGAUUUACAAUGGGACUAAAUCUAUUGCUAUUACUAGCAAUGGUUGCUACUAAUAUUCUUUCACUUUAUCAUCUUUCAACGACUAUGAUCUCCACCACUAAACCACCCUCAGCCACCGCUCCACCUGUCCCUGAUCACCUUCUCCGGCAACUCCAAACCAUACGCGCCACCAUCAAUCACCUCACGCGCCUCCACCCAAACCCCACAACCACCCCCACCACUACCUCCACAAGCCCUCCAUCUGACCUCCUUCUUUACACACAACUUUCCCCCAUUGCCUCCGCCUGCCGACACCACCCUGACCUCCUUCACCAAUACAUGAACUACACCCCUUUCACCACCUGCCCACCGCAGUCCACCGCCGCCGCAGAACCCUUAAUUCUCCGUGGCUGCCACCCUCUUCCUCGUCGGAGAUGCUUUUCCCAAACACCCACUAAAAUACCCACUUCACUUCCGACCAACCCAUUUUCCCCGGUGCCGGAAAAUGCGAUCUUGUGGCAAAACUAUCAAAAAUGUAAAAACUUUGAGUGUUUAAACAAAAACCCAGAUCUUGGUUUUGAUCUAAACAAAGAAAAGCUUAAAUUUUUAAGCUUUAAAACAGAUCUUGAUUUGCCAAUUGUUCAGUUUCUUGAAAUUGCAAGAAAGGUGAAAAGUGUUGUAAGAUUAGGCCUAGAUAUAGGUGGUGGGACAGGUACAUUUAGUGCACAAAUGAAGUCACAAAACGUAACAAUUAUAACUACAACAAUGAGUAUAGGUGCACCAUAUAAUGAAGAGGUUGCACUUAGAGGAUUAGUACCAUUACAUGUGCCAUUACAACAAAGAUUGCCUGUUUUUGAUGGUGUUUUGGAUCUUGUAAGAUGUGGGCGUGCUUUUAAUAGAUGGAUACCAAUACAAGCAAUGGAAUUUUUGUUAUAUGAUGUUGAUAGAGUGUUGAGGGGAGGUGGGUUUUUUUGGAUUGAUCAUUUUUUUAGUAAAAGUGUGGAUCUUGAUAAGGUUUAUGGGCCAUUGAUUGGGAAGUUAGGGUAUAAGAAAGUGAAAUGGGCAGUUGGGAAUAAGAUGGAUUCAACUGGUGUGAAGAAUAGUGAAGUUUAUUUGACUGCUCUUUUGCAAAAACCGGUUUCAAGAUGAUGAUGAUAGUGAUGAUGAUUUGUUUUUGGUUUCCGAGGUGCCAGAUGACAAGCCGAUAUCACCUAAACAAGACGUUAUCAGUUCUCCAUAAGAAGGAAAACCCGUUUGCUUGGUUUCAUUUAGAUUCAAAUCCAUGGCUACUUCUUGGUGUCAUUUUGCAUCAAUGUGUAUGUUUCAGUUUAUGGGAAGUAAAGAUCAAGAUUACCCUCAAUUUUGUAGAACGCAAUUUACAUGUAACUACGUAAGCAGUCAUGUUUUGAAUUUGACUGAACAUGUCAUUUCUCUGCUUGGUGGUUCCUGCCUAUUUGAUCAAACAUAGUGAUUUAGCGUUGAAUGAAUUGAUCGGUUUGUGUGGAUUGUGAACUAGGUUUAAAAUGAGAAUAUCAUUGUAUAA